UUUCUCCAAGAAAGAGAAAGAGAAAGAGAAAGAAGAAAGAUGGGUUGCUGCUUUGGGUGCUGUUUCUGCUGCGAUGAAUCGGAACCGUUCAAUGGAGUUCGGGUGAUGCACGUCAACGGUCACGUGGAGGGUUUCGAUCCUCCCAUCACCGUCAGCGAGGUCACCGGCAAGCCGCCGUACCAGCUUCUGUUCUUGCCGAUCCAGCUUCUCUCCGGCAUCGCCAAACCCCUCCGACCCGACGAACAGCUUGAGCCGGGCCGAUUUUACUUCCUCCUUCCACACACAGUCCUCCAGGCCGGCCCGGUGGACUUGAUCGCGCUCGCUAACCGCCUCACCGCCAAGGCUCGCCGGUCGGCUAACUCCAAGCCUAAGAAAGGAACCCGGUCGCCCGUUGUUCAGACGGCUGACAAAACGGAUCCGCUCGGUGUGGCUCCGCGGACACGGCGGAUCAAGCCGUGGAGACCGGUUCUGUCGACGAUACGGGAGCUCUCGUUUCGGUUGACGAUGGAGAGAAGGGAGUCCAUGAAAAAUCCUGUCAACUCCAGGGCUGAAAAGUAAUGUUUUUUUUUUUUUUCGAUUUCAUUUAGGCGAAAGAAAAAAUAAAUCUUUUUUUUGUUUUCCGUUCAGUGCCUGAUCCUUUUUUUUUUAAUUUAAUAAGGCCUUUGUAUUUAUUU